AUUGUAAAAAAAAUAAUAUUGCAAAAAUGGCAGAUAUGGUAAAGGAAUCAAUAGACACCAAUGAGGUAGAAAAAAUAGUUUUUAAAAAGAAAGUGCGUAAAAAUUUAAGACAAAGAAGGAAUUCUGAUGAUGAACCCAAGGAAGAACCCAUAUCUUUAGAGGAAAUAAAAGAAAGACAAAAAUUGCGUGAAAGACCUCAUGGUGUUAGUAUAGUAGGACUGGCUUUGGGCAAAAAAUUAGCUCCCGAAGAAGAGAUUGCCCUCAAAGACCCCUUCAAUGUUAAAACAGGUGGUCUUGUUAACAUGCAGUCUCUUAAAGCGGGCGGUGUUAAAGAAUCAGAAGAUGCUUAUGAUGUAGGCAUUGGCACACAAUUCUCUGCCGAAACAAACAAACGUGAUGAAGAUGAGGAAAUGAUGAAAUACAUUGAACAAGAAUUACAUAAACGUAAAGGCGUAGCUGAAUCCAAUCCUGAAAACGAAUUGGGAGCAGAUCCUCAAAAGUAUUUAACACCAGAAGAAGCUGCUUUAUUUGCCUUGCCGGAACAUUUACGGCAAUCUUCUUCACAUCGCUCGGAGGAGAUGUUGUCUAAUCAAAUGUUAAAUGGUAUACCAGAAGUUGAUUUGGGCAUUGAUGCUAAAAUUAAGAAUAUAGAAGCCACCGAGGAAGCUAAACAAAAAUUGCUGCAGGAUCAGAAGAAUAAAAAGGAUGGUCCCUCACAGUUUGUGCCCACAAAUAUGGCUGUGAAUUUCAUGCAGCACAAUCGAUUUAAUAUUGAGGAAAACAAUGAUCCCAAACGUAGAUUCCAACAACACAGAAAACCUGCAGAAGGUGCUAGCGCUGAAGGACAACAGCCUCAAAACCCUCAUCAUCAAGUUGGGCCAAAUGGCGUUAAAAGGGCUACCGAUGAUUAUCAUUAUGAUAAAUUCAAGAAACAAUUUAGACGUUAUUAAAAAUGCAUUUUAAAGAAUAAAGUUAAAUUUUUUUUAUACAA